AAAACAGAUCUCCGACGAGGAUGGGAUUCGAACCCACGCGUGCAGAGCACAAUGGAUUAGCAGUCCAUCGCCUUAACCACUCGGCCACCUCGUCUGAUGCACAUAUAUAUGUACAGGACUAUUUUGAUUCUACAGAUCUACAGAACUACUAUAUUUUAUUAAUCUAUUAAGAUGUGUGUACUAAUGUUUCUUCUGGCUGAUACUAACAGCAAGUGUUUAUGGAGUCGAAACCAGUACGCCAGAGCACAAGUAGAGUGAGCCGAGCACGUUUUACGGUGUUUACGGUAACGUUAACCGGAAGAGUAAAUAAACACGCGCCGCCAUGGGCAGUGUGUGCGCGCUUCACGAACGCGUUUCUCUUCUGCUGUCCACAGGCGUCUUUUCAAUGCAUGCAUCCAAACAUGCAAGUCAAUUCCCGUUUAAACUGACCUGCACUACAUCUGGCUGCAAUGCAUGCAUGAGGGCUGCAUAGCUGGCCAACCCUUGCUGAUCUGUGUGAGCACACUUUCAUUUCAUUAGCAUUGACCUAAAGGUGCUAGUAAUUGUAAUGCAUUUCUCAAAAAAAUGCUCCGUGUUUAAGGUGGUGCUCAGUGCCCUUCUCAUCGUUGCACUGUUGCAGCUUUUAUAUCUGUCUUUUCUCUCAAAGUUGCACGGCAAACAGCAGCGCUACAAGUAUUCUGAGCUCUUCGGCUCCAAAAAGACUGCAAACCAAGGAGAGAAGAACCCUAGGCGGGAACAUCUCAGGUAUUCUUUAUCCACUGGUGGGAUCUUCGAUGGGAGCGGACAGUACCGCGUGUAUAAGAACCUAAUCAAAAGUGACUUCUCGACCAAUCAGAAGCCAGGAGCGGAUCCCAGAUCGCAUCACCUGGCUCUGGCCACGCAUACGACCAUCAACAACCUUCACCAUCUUAGCUCUUUGUUGGAGCGCUGGCAGAAUCCUCUAUCCGUCGCGAUCUUCGCCAACGGUCAGGAUGUCAAGUUCGCGACGGCGUUCGUUUACGCCCUCAGUCUGUUUUGCCCGCAGGUUCAAGCGUUGGUGGACUUCCAUCUGGUUUGCCACUCGGGUGAAAUGGCCAGUUUCCCAGACCAGGAUCGAGAGCAUUUCGCUGGUCUGGAGGAGAUGGGCUGCUCCGGCGUCUUCGCCAAGCUCGAAUCGAACAGAAAUAAGUUUAAAAACUACGCGAUUGGGAACAAUGUCUCGUACCCCAAUAACCUUCUUCGCAAUGUGGCCCGGAGUGGCACAGACGCAGCUUACAUCCUGGUCAUCGACAUCGACAUGAUACCCAGUGCCAAUCUGCACCACCAAUUCGUGACAAUGCUAAUGAGGCGUGAACCGGCCGCGGACGAAGUCCUGGUGCUCCCUGCGUUUGAGAUCAGACACACUCGUAAGAUGCCUGCGACGAAGGCGGAGCUGCUGCAGCUCUAUCAGGUGGGCGAGGUGCGACCGUUCUAUGAUGAGCUUUGCCCUCGCUGUCAGGCUCCUACCAAUUACUCGCAGUGGGUCAAUCUGGCCAGCAGGGGCUCAGGGCCCCUGGAAGUGGCGUACACUAUAAACUGGGCCGAUCCGUGGGAGCCUUUCUACAUCGGCGCUCGAACGGUUCCUCUCUACGAUGAGAACUUCAGGCAGUACGGCUUCAACCGCAUCAGUCAGGCCUGUGAGCUUCACAUCGCCGGUUACCGCUUCUCUGUGCUGAGCAAUGCCUUCGUGGUGCACAGAGGGUUUAAGGUCCAAGGAGAGUUUCACCGCCGGAAGGACGAGGAGAACCGCAAGAACCGCAUGCUCUUCCGCAGCUUCAAGGAGAGUCUGAAGGCCAAGUAUCCGAACUCGCCUCGCCGCUGCUGAGAGACGAGAGAGAGCACAGCUCAUGUGAGGAUCAUAAAUGCACACAACUCAAACAAGAACCUGUUUGGAUCUCAUUUCAAGCAUCAAAAACUACAGUCAAAGGAGAUGCUCUUGAAUGCUCAAUGUUUUCUCAAUAAACUGAACAUGUGAUCCUUCACGCUUCUAAAGAGAGAAACUAUGUAAAGAUGGUCCUUUGUUGUUUUCAUUACAUUUUAUUUCAAGUUAACUUAUUUAUUUAUUAGAUUUUUUGGUUUUCAAAGUAUUUUCCCCACUUUCUUCCCCAAAUUUAAGGCAAGACACCUCAGAUGAAUAGAGUACAAAACAUGAACUAAUAUAUAUCACCAUCAUUUUCUAGCUGAUUGAUUACAUUAAAAAUUGCA